CUUCCCCGCGGGGCCAGGACGGUCCCAGAAACGCGCCCCCGCGGGGCGCCUGAGGCUGGGGAGGCGACGCGCCCCUGCCCCGUCCCUGCCGGCUCCGCGCUCCCUCUCGGGCACUUGCGCCCGGGGGGGCGGCCCCAGCCCCGCGCAGCCCCGCACGAGCGGCCACCGUGGGCGCGCGGCCGGCCCCGCAGGGUCGGUGCUGCGCGUGGGGCGGGGCCGCGGCCGAGAGGUGCCGGCGACCGCGCCCCCAGGAGGAAACAGACGGCGGGCGGGGCGCGGGCUCGGGCCCGAGAUUCACGUCGCUCGUGGCCGCCUCCCGGGAGCUGCGAGGUGUUUGUCGCCGGGCGGCAGGUCCUGCCGCAGCUGAGAGAAUGGCCUCCGCAGGGAACCAAACAAAGGAACUCGAAAAGGACAAUUUGAACAGGGCCAGCUUCGUACAGCUUUGCAAUCCAAACAUAGCCACGCUGAAGGAAGAUGUUCUGUACCAUUUCGGCCUCAGCACCAGCACGCACGAUCUCCCCGCCAUGUUUGGGGACGUGAAGUUUGUGUGCGUUGGGGGCAGCCCUUCCCGGAUGAAAGCCUUCAUCAAAUACGUGUCUUCAGAGCUGGGCCUCGGCCGUCCGGGCGAGGACCAUCCAAACAUCUGUGCGGGGACCGAUCGUUAUGCCAUGUUCAAAGCGGGGCCGGUGCUGUCUGUCAGCCACGGGAUGGGCGUGCCUUCCAUCGCCAUCAUGCUGCAUGAGCUCUUCAAACUGCUGUACCACGCCCGGUGCUCUGGCGUCACCGUCAUCCGCAUCGGCACCUCCGGCGGGAUAGGUCUGGAGCCCGGCUCCGUGGUCAUCACCCGGCAGUCGGUGGACGCCCGCUUCAAGCCCGAGUUCGAGCAGGUGGUGCUGGGGAAGCGGGUCGUGCGCCGCACGGACCUGGACGAGCAGCUGGUGCGGGAGCUGAGCGAGUGCGCCGAGGGCCUGCGCGAGUUCACCACGGUCGUGGGCAACACCAUGUGCACGCUGGACUUCUACGAAGGGCAGGGCCGGCUGGACGGCGCGCUCUGCUGCUACACGGAGGCGGAGAAGCAGGCCUACCUGCAGGCGGCGCACACGGCCGGCGUCCGCAACAUCGAGAUGGAGUCCUCCGUCUUCGCCGCCAUGUGCAGCGCGUGCGGCCUGAGAGCGGCCGUGGUAUGUGUCACCCUCCUGGACCGCCUGGAAGGGGACCAGAUCCGCAGCCCCCACGAGGUGCUGGCCGAGUACCAGCAGCGGCCGCAGCGGCUGGUGGGCCACUUCAUCAGGAAGUGCCUCGCGGGGGCCUGAAGUCCCCUGCAUCUCAAAGGCGAGCGGUUGCCAUCGCCACAAAUAAAAUCGU